AUGAGCUCGCCGAAGAAGACCGCCGCUGCAGCAGAGGGGGAGACCUCCGCCGGGACAGGGACUCUAUCUGUCCCCGAGUACUUCGAGCGUCAUGGAGCAAAGCGUGACGCCCCAGCUGCCAAGGCUGCGGCGGGGACAUCCAGCCGGAGAUUGCGCAAGGAGUCUAUCGACAGCGAUAGUCUCGACCCACAUGCCGGGUCGAAACGCCCUCGUGAAGGAGACGACUCGGACGCUUCGAGUUCGAAGCGUUCGCGCGGCGAGAGCGACACUCCGUUCUCUGCUGCUGGGGCUUUAAGUUCCCCGCGUGAUAUCGCAGAUCGUGUGGGCAACACCGUGCCUCCAAAUGAAAUCCCGCUGUACGUAUGCAGCUGCAUCCACGACGAUGCUGUGGCGGAGGAGCAGCACUUUUAUCCGUUAACGAAUCAAAGGCGCGAUUACUACAUCGGGCUCUCCCACGAGCUCCGGUACUUUUCCAGCAAGAAGGCCUCUUCUCGCAGCAAAGUGCCUGACGGGUUAAGCAUGCCCGUGAACGCUUCGAGACGUUUUCGACACGUGGGCAGCUGGAGCAGCUCCACAGAUCCUCUGUGGACGCUGGUAUUCCAUGCGCUGUGCCUUCCGGGUGCGGCGCGCUUGAGCGACCGCGACUUAAACGGGUACACGACGAUUCGUGUACCUGCGAGUCUCAAGGAUCUCCGUGCCAAGUUCCUGGCAAGCGCGGGAUGCGACGCUCGUGGGACUUCGGGCGCUGCAGGUAACUACAGCGCUCGCACUACCUUCACGCCGGAACAUCAGAGCCUCGAGUUCACCGCUCUGAAGCAGGAGAUGGCAAUCCUGAGGGCUCAAGUCGCUCUGGGUUCGCAGACCACGUCGGACAUCUCCGUCAACGUUGGGGGUCGCGCCGCGAGCUUGGUCCAGCGCGUUCACGCGCUGGAGCAGAGGUUUGCUCCCGCCGGGCUUCUGCUUCGGGCCAGGCGAGCUAGGUGGCUCGUGCUGCCGGUAUGGCUUCAGCCGCCCGACGUAAAAGGUUGGAUGGAGGCGCAUGCUAGAUGA